UGAGCGUGUUACCUCACGCUACCGUCCCAAAGUCCUCCGCAGUUUGAGGAUCGCUGAGGUUCGAGUGAGACUCCGCCGCCUCUCUAGAGUCUGCUCAGUUCACGAUGGAAAGGAAACAAUGUUGCGUGAGUCUGUCGGUCCAGCCGUCCAGAGGACAAAUGGAUGAGAAGUUCAUUGUCCUCAUGCAGAAUGCCCCACCUGGUUUCAAGCUGACUGUCCACGCCUUCCACCAGUGUGAAGAUAGAAUCAAAUGGGAGGCGUUUGGUCACUACACUGCUGAUGCCACUGGGACUGUGAACGUUUCAGAGGAUCUCAGUCUGGGUGGGACAUAUUCAGGGGUUGAACCAAUGGGUCUAUUGUGGAGCCUCAUACCAGUUCCAGGCAGCAAACCUGGACUCAGGAUGAGGAAGUUGAACGUCCAGACUCCCAUGGAGGUCACAAUCUCAGUGUACCAGGGUCACCAGACUGAGGGGUUUGUGGAUCUAGUGUCGCUGGCCUCUGUGUUGGUGGAGCGCUGGCACAUGGCGCCUGGCAUCCGCAGGAUCCCAAUCACAGAGGGUGGACUCACUGCAACUCUUUUUCUGCCCCCAGGACCUGGACCUUUCCCUGGUAUCUUGGACCUGUGGGGGGGUGGAGGGAAGUUGGUGGAGUACCGCUCAGCGCUGUUGGCCUGCCAUGGCUUUGCGUCCCUUGCUCUUGACUACCUGACAAAUAAAGUCACCAUUGAAACUGGGAAUUUCGUGGACAACAAGUACUUUGAGACGGCCUACAAUGUCCUGCAGCAGCAUCCUCAGGUCCUUGGCAGCAGGAUCGCCAUGGUGGGACUUUCCUUAGGCUGCGCUAUCACCUUCAAAAUGGCUGUUUAUUCUGACGUUUUUAAGCUCAGGUGUGCGGUGUGUAUCAGUGGGAGUCAUGUGCAGCCAGUUGGUGGAUCUUUGGAACAAAUUAUGGAUUUUUUUAAGGAAAACGCUUGGAAGACUCGUGUCACUGAGGAGAACCAGACGAUCUUGCGAGACCUGCUGCUGCCCAUUCCUGCCGACACCUCAUUUAAAGCAGACGUGGGACGACUCCAGUGUCCUCUGUUGCUGGUUGUAGGUGAGGAUGAUCAGAACUGGCCAGCCUACGAGUCUGCCAUGGACAUCCAGGAGAUGAUGGAGGGAGCAGGGAACAGCCACCUGCUGACUGUCCUGUCAUACCCAAACACUGGUCACCUUAUUGAACCUCCAUUCACGCCGCACACCAGAGCCAGCAACUUUAAAUCAGUCUCCUCACGUCAUAAGUUAACAGCUUUGUGGGGCGGAGAGAAGGUGGCACACUCUCAUGCUCAGGAAGACGCCUGGAGGAAGAUGCUGCUCUUUCUGAGGGAGAAUCUGUAUGCUGGCAGAAACCCUGUUCUAACCUCUUUUUCCCACCUGUGAUGAAGUUGAUAACUAAAAGAAAUGGAGUUGCUAAGUGAGAUAAAUUAUUUCAGUCUGAGGUUAUGGAUGUAAAAAUCCCUUUAAUUGUUACCCAAAAACAAUUUUAUAUGUCUCACAGCUGAAGCACAUUUAUGGCAUGAAACCUUCUUGACUGAAUCAUCAGUACAAAAGAUGAAUAACCUUUAGAAAACACACUCAUCAAGCACUUUGUCAGGAAUACUGAUACACCUGCUUAAUCAUGCAGUUAUCUCAUCAGCCAGACAGCAGCCUGAUGCGUAAAAUCAUUCACCCAGAGGUCAGAAGCUUUACUUAAUGUUCACAUCGUCACAUUGUUCAUUUAUAUGUGUUAAAACCAAAACACAUGUUGAUUUGCAUAGCACACUCAGACAUAAUCAAGUGAAACAUAUGCUCAUUGAUAACAUGAGCGCCCUGUCGUGUGAAAGAUGCACCACAACACUGGUAGCUGCAAUUUUCCCAUCCUGACAUAACAUCUGAGAAAGUAACAGCAGUUGGCUGCUUGCCAAAAACUUUGUUUAGUUGGAAGUCUGAACACAUCUACAUCUCAUUGUCAAGAUGGCUGGCCAAGGGGGAGUAAUGGUCUUAAAGCCUCAUUUGUCUGUUAUGAUUUACCAAUGUAUGUUUUUUUCUGAGAAUUUUAUUCAAGAAUUUUCACACUUUUUGGUUGAUAAAUAACUACAGAAUACAUUUGCUGUGGAGAUCUGAUUAUGAAACUGUCAUCCAUCCUCUUUUAAAUGUUAUCUGACUGACAUACUAAUAAGUCAUUACAUUAAUUCAAUAAUUAAAUAACCACUGCAAGUCUCAUCAGCAUCUUACUUAUUCCUGUAAACCUGCAUUAACUAUUUGUUCUUCACCUGCCAGAACCCUCAUCUCCCCAAUAAAUAUUUGCUUUAUUA